AUGGAAGUCUUAUCUACUUCCUCUCCUCUAACCCUUCACACCCGCCGUCUCCCCUCUUCUUCAUCUUCUCCCGUCACCUCCUUCGCCGCUUCUUCCCUCUCUUCCUUCUCCUCCUCCUACCUCGGAAUCUCCCUCUCCAACCGCCGUACGAUCCACCGCCUCUCCACAACUCCAACGAACUCCCGCCGAUUCCCCCGCAAGAAACGAAACAAACUCACCCCGAUCUCAGCCGUUUUCGAGCGGUUCACCGAACGAGCCAUCAGAGCCAUCAUCUUCUCCCAGAAGGAAGCUAAAUCGUUGGGGAAAGACAUGGUCUACCCUCAGCACCUUCUCCUCGGCCUCAUCGCCGAGGAUCGCGACCCUCAGGGGUUCCUCGGAUCCGGAGUCACCGUAGACAAGGCGCGUGAAGCUGUCUCGAGUAUCUGGGACAAAGCUAACUCCGACGAUUCGGGCUUAUCGGAGUCGUCGUCGUCGAGUUCGUACUCUAGGUCCACGGAUAUGCCGUUCUCGAUCAGCACGAAGCGGGUGUUCGAAGCUGCGGUGGAGUAUUCGAGGACUUUGGAGUGUCAGUAUAUUGCUCCCGAGCAUAUAGCUGUCGGACUCUUUACCGUUGAUGACGGUAGCGCUGGGAAAGUCCUCAAGAGAUUGGGAGCAAAUAUGAAUUUGCUCACAGCAGCAGCACUGACCAGACUUAAAGGAGAGAUUGCCAAAGACGGAAGAGAACCACCUUCUUCUAAAGACGCUUCCCCUAAUGGCAGAGUUGGUGGUCCUGGAAGUGCUGGAAGAACUAAAGAGAAAAGUGUACUGGAACAGUUCUGUGUGGAUCUUACGGCACGAGCUAGCGAGGGGCUUAUUGAUCCUGUUAUUGGCAGGGAGAAGGAAGUUCAAAGAGUCAUCCAGAUACUUUGCCGCAGAACCAAAAACAACCCUAUUCUUCUAGGUGAGGCUGGUGUUGGGAAGACCGCCAUCGCUGAAGGACUAGCGAUUAGUAUUGCGGAAGCAAAUGCUCCUGGAUUUCUCUUGACAAAACGCAUCAUGUCCCUGGAUAUAGGACUGCUUAUGGCUGGUGCAAAGGAAAGAGGGGAACUGGAAUCACGAGUCACUGCUUUGAUAAGCGAAGUGAAAAAAUCAGGUAAGGUGAUUCUCUUCAUAGAUGAAGUGCACACUCUUAUUGGAUCUGGCACAGUCGGAAGAGGCAACAAAGGGUCUGGUCUUGACAUUGCUAAUCUCUUGAAACCACCACUUGGAAGGGGUGAACUUCAGUGCAUUGCAUCCACAACCCUUGACGAAUUCAGGAGUCAGUUUGAGAAGGACAAAGCCCUAGCAAGGAGGUUCCAGCCAGUGUUGAUUGACGAGCCAAGCGAGGAAGACGCGGUGAAGAUUUUGAUAGGCCUUCGUGAAAAAUACGAAGCCCAUCACAACUGCAAAUACACUAUGGAAGCUAUAGAUGCUGCAGUGUACCUUUCAUCGCGAUACAUCGCGGAUAGGUUUCUUCCAGAUAAAGCUAUCGAUCUUAUUGACGAGGCGGGAAGCAGAGCUCGCAUCCAAGCUUUUAGAAAGAAAAAGGAGGAUGCAAUCUGUAUCCUUUCGAAGCCACCGGAUGAUUACUGGCAAGAGAUCAGAACUGUUCAGGCCAUGCACGAAGUGGUUCUAUCAAGCAGGCCGAACCAGGAAGAUGGUAAUAACAUUGUAGACGAGUCUACUGAACUAGUUGAGGAGUCUUCUCUACCACCUGCAGCAGGCAACGAUGAGCCUAUAGAGGUGGGGCCUGAUGAUAUUGCAGCGGUUGCAUCGGCUUGGUCUGGAAUUCCAGUUCAGCAGAUCACCGCAGAUGAGAGAAUGCUUCUUAUGGGUCUAGAAGAUGAGCUCAGAAACAGAGUCGUUGGUCAAGACGAGGCCGUAGCUGCCAUAUCUAGAGCUGUGAAGAGGUCACGUGUUGGCUUAAAAGAUCCUGACCGUCCUAUUGCCGCUAUGCUGUUCUGUGGACCUACUGGAGUUGGAAAAACCGAACUCACUAAAGCUCUAGCAGCUAAUUAUUUUGGAUCGGAGGAAUCUAUGCUGAGAUUGGACAUGAGUGAGUACAUGGAGCGUCAUACGGUGAGCAAAUUGAUAGGCUCUCCUCCCGGAUAUGUUGGUUUUGAAGAAGGUGGAAUGCUCACUGAAGCUAUCAGGAGACGUCCUUUUACAGUGGUUUUAUUCGAUGAGAUAGAGAAAGCCCAUCCUGAUAUUUUCAACAUUCUUCUCCAGCUCUUCGAAGACGGCCAUCUUACCGAUUCACAGGGAAGGAGAGUGUCUUUCAAGAACGCACUGAUCAUAAUGACCUCUAAUGUCGGAUCAUCAGCCAUUGCCAAGGGAAGACAGAGGUCAAUCGGUUUUAUCCUCGAUGAUGACGAAGAGGAAGCUUCUUACUCUGGUAUGAAAGCUUUGGUAGUCGAAGAACUCAAGAACUACUUCCGUCCAGAGUUGUUGAACCGUAUUGACGAAAUCGUCAUCUUCAGACAGCUCGAGCAGGCGCAGAUGAUGGAGAUUUUGAAUCUGAUGUUACAAGACUUGAAGUCGAGGCUUGUGGCACUUGGAGUCGGUUUAGAGGUGUCUGAACCUGUCAAGGAGCUUAUAUGCAGACAAGGCUAUGAUCCGGCCUACGGUGCACGACCACUACGUAGAACCGUCACGGAGAUUGUGGAAGAUCCACUCAGCGAAGCCUUUCUUGCUGGGAGCUUUAAGCCCGGUGACACGGCUUUUGUGGUUCUCGAUGAUACAGGAAACCCUUCGGUUCGGACCAAACCAGAUUCUCACAAUGUACGAGUUACAGACAAGACAUCGAUCGCAUAGAUUUUCACCAUUGGAGGAUUGUAUAUAAAGAUUCUUUGGUUAUACUCUCUCGCCUUAUAGUUGAACCUCUAUUGCUUGUUGCAAAUGUGUGUAUAUAUAUAUAAAAAGAUACAUAGUGAUUAGUGCGUGAGGUAAUUGUAGUAGCUUAUUGAAUUAUGUAUUUGAUACUCGAAUUAAUUUUCUAAACUGGUCGAGUCAUGUGCUUGCA